UGGUACUUGCUUCCUCAACCAGCACGACUACAUACAUCCUCCCGUCGUCGUCGUCCCACUACUAAAACUUGCACUACCACGACUGCUACUCACUCACUCACCACGCAAUCCGGGCACUUUCUCCUCUCGUCUCGUCUCAUAUCUAUAUAAGCUCGCUCCGGCACAGCCACCACUUUCAUUUCCAUUCUCAUAGCUCAUCCGUCUACUGCACCCAGAAGAAGCUGAGCAAAAACAUUUCCCAACAUCCACCAGACUACUCACUCGCUGCACUCCACCUGAGCCAGAAUUUGGGGGAAAGGAGACUCUCCACAUUUUUAUACUCGCUCAUUUCCUCGUAAAACUCUCUGUUGUGCUGGAGGUUUUAGCAGGCACAGAUUAUUACUCGUCGUCGUCGUACUGCUCUACUACUUGACAAACUUUUCAGAUUUUGAUAUUUCCCUAAAUUCCUGGGGAGAGAAUACUCUGUCAGAAAUUCUACUUUCUUUCUUGGUGGUGGUGAAGGUUUUUUUUGUAGUGGCAAAUUUUCAAACAAACAUUUCUGCAAACUAUUUGUAACGAGAGAGGAAAACACGUGUUAUUGAGAAAAGUGAAUUUCUGUAGAGGGGAUAUUGCUCGUUGUGCCGAUGGUGAUUUGCAAACAGAAGUUGAGACGACGACCAAGCUGCUGCUGCCUUCCUUUCCUCCAACACAUCCGCUGUUCAACAUUCCCCAAACAAGUCAACGUGCUGGCCAUACAUGAGUAGCCCACAGCACUUUACUCUCCCUCAUCAUCAACAUCGUCGUCAUCAUCGUCUCAUCUCGACGCAGCAGUUGAACUGUGAGUGAAAGUCGACUUGAACUGCUCGUUCAUCAUCAGGAUGGACUACUCAUUACUCCGCCAACAUAGAUCAAAUCAACUCCCUCUCUCUCUUCUACCUCGUUUAUUAUUACUGGAAGCAACUCUGUCCUCGUAUCAACACCAGGCGAGGAGUGGAAAUGGAUUAUCAGCAAUUCAUCUUUCCUAAACCGGGUCAACUCACCACCAGCACCGUCAGAAGAACUGCUCCUCCUGCUGCUGCUGCAGCUUCUGUGGAUUUGUAUGUAUAUGAAACCGUGAGAGUGAAAUAAUUCUGUAGACAAUAGAAUUCCAGAUUUCGGUUGACUUAUUAUAAUUGAGAAUUUCUCUCGGAAGAAGAAACUCUGAUUCUGGGAGGCGACGUAUUGUGGGGCAUGAUUUAUGCGGGUCUCUGUGCUGCUGGUGUUGCGUAGGAAAUGUGACAAAUUAAGAGAAAAAAGUUGUUGAGACGAGACAAUAUGAUGAUGAUGGAAUCUCUCCUGCGAGUCUCACUGCUUGAGAGGACUGGUUGCGUCAACUUUCCCUCAAACUCCAUCGGCAACUGCCACUUUCUCCCUUUGUGCGCCAAUUGCUUGGAAAUUGUGAAAUUCCUAGGGACCUUUCUAAAUGUCCUUGUCACUCCUGAAGGAGGAUGUGGUUUCCCAGGCGUGAAAAGACACGAGAAUCAGAAUUAUAAUCCAUACCCAAAACCAGAAGACCAAGCCGUACUCGGGUUAACGAUUCGUUAACCUCACUCACUCCCCUUCGCUCCCUUGACACGGUUCACUUGUAAAUUAAAUCCACAGUCUUUGUCGCUUCUUCAAAGUUAAACCCACGCAGCAGCAUGUCCUCGGAAGAUGGAGGACAAUGAAUUAAGAACUGGUGAACAAUUAUGUGUGCAUCACCUUUACAAUUCUCCUCUAAUUUUAUAACCGACUCCAACGAAGGGAAAACUCUUAUUGACUCAGUUCAGUGGACCCAAUUCUAAUAAAUCCUUAAUUCAUAGAAAUUACAUACCCAGAUGAACUUGAAGGAGUGAAAGUGUAAGCGACAAAGGACAAUUACGAGCAGUAUUUAUACUUUAAGUUAAGAAAUGGAGGUGAAUUCAAUCCCUAUUCAGCCCGAGUUGGAAGAAUACUUGGAGUCUCAUCCGGAAUUCAUUCAACGGUGGUUACAGGAGAAAGCGAGUCCUGAGACGGUGAAGGAGGUGUUGAGCUGUUGCACCUCGGCGGAGCCGGAACAAAUAAAAAAUACCACUUCGAACAAUAACAACAACAAGAGCAGCUACAAGAACAUCAACUCAACCCCGCCACCAGCACCACCGUCAUCGGUAGGCAAUGAGGCUGAGGAUCCCGAGGAGGCUUCCCUUAUCCAACGUUCACGCUCCAGAUCGAAAAGGAAUUCCAUCACAUCGGAUCGAUUCCAAUCCUGGUUGUCCUCCACUUGUCCGAAGAGUCGGACGUCGGGCGGUGGGGGAGAGAGGAGGUUCCUCUCAAAUGCGGCAGAACCUCUCACUUCUCGUUUCGAAUCUCUUGAUGAAAAUGCAUUAUUUAUCGAAUUGGUCAAAGACAUCUCCAACGAACUGGACAUUGAUGUGCUCUGUCAUAAGAUCCUCGUCAAUGUCGGAUUUCUCACUCAUGCUGAACGAUGCAAUCUCUACUUGGCGAGGGGACCUUCUGAACAGCGCUACUUGGUCACCAAGUUGCUAGACAUUACUACAGAAAGUGACGAUGUGGAGGAAUGCCUCAAGAAAGCCAGAGCCAAGGAGACCAGGAUCGCUUUUGGAGUCGGAAUUGUUGGUCAUGUUGCUCAAACCAAGGAGAUUAUCAACAUCAAGGAUAUUCAGGAAGAUACUAGAUUCAUCAAAGACAUGGAGGAAAUGGGUGAAAGCUCUGGAUUACCCGUCCACAGCGUUUUGGGCGUACCUGUUUGUAACAAUGAAGGCGAUGUGAUUGGAGUGGCUCAACUAAUCAACAGGAAGUCGGGAGAGGAUCAUCAUUUUACUGAACAUGAUAUCGAGGUGCUACAACGCUAUCUGACCUUUUGCGGAAUUGGGAUUCAAAAUGCUCAACUGUUUGACACCUCUGUAGCGGAAUACAGGAGAAAUCAGCUCCUACUGAACCUGGCUAGAAGCAUAUUUGAAGAACAAACAAACUUGGAACGUCUUGUUACCAAGAUUAUGAAAGAAGCUCAAGGACUGCUGAAAUGCGAGCGAUGCUUGGUCUAUCUGCGAGACGUUCCUUUGAUGGAAGCCAGUCAUAUUGAGAGAAUUCUAAUGAUGCCGUCUGCCCCGGGGGAAAGGAAACCUUUGUCCAGGAGAGAGAGCAAGACUGUAACAAUGAGGGACGUUUUGAAGGAAAAGGGGCUUCACUUUGAGCUGGUAUUCGAGUUGACUGGAGAUAAUCAUGCGGACGAAAUACGACGACCGACCGCUGCGGAAAUGCAGACCUCUCCUCUUACACAAAUAGCUAAAUACGUCGCAACAAACAGUGAGAUCCUCAACAUUGGAGACGCCAUAACCUGGUACUCGGAUUCUCUGGACCAUUCCAAAGAGCUUCUCCCCAUGGCUGAGAGCUCGUUCUACAACUCUUUGCCCAAAAGUAUAUUGUGUAUGCCAAUUUACAAUGGACAACGCCAAGUUAUCGGUGUGGCACAGCUUAUAAAUAAAGCAAACAACCAGCCUUUCACGGACACUGACGCCAACACUUUCGAGGCCUUUGCUAUAUUCUGUGGUCUCGGAAUUCAUAAUACACAGUUGUACGAGAGCGCAUGCAAGCUAAUGGCUAAGCAAAGCGUUGCUCUGGAGUGCUUAUCAUAUCACGCGACCGCAUCUCAUGAUGACACGGAAAGACUUCGCCGUGACGACAUUCCCUCCUCCGAGUACUACAACUUGUACAGUUACACCUUUAAUGACUUCCCCAUGACGGACAGUGAUACCUGCAAGGCCACGAUUCGGAUGUUCCUCGAGUUGAAAUUAGUUUCACAGUUCCACAUUCCUUACCCGGUUUUGUGUCGUUGGGUUCUCAGUGUAAAGAAAAAUUAUCGUCCAGUCAAGUACCACAACUGGCGACAUGCUUUCAACGUCGCGCAGACAAUGUUUACUGUACUAACAACCGGAAGGAUGGGGCAAUUCCUAGAUGAUCUGGAUAUUUUGGGACUCGUUGUCGCUUGUUUGUGUCACGAUUUGGACCAUAGAGGGACAAACAACGCAUUCCAACAGUUGACUGCAUCUCCACUCGCAGUGCUUUACUCCACGUCCACGAUGGAGCACCAUCAUUUCGACCAAUGUGUUAUGAUUUUAUCCUCCGAAGGCAACAACAUAUUUCAAGACUUGUCCGCAGACCAUUAUAGGAAAGUUAUGAAAAUCGUGGAAAAGUCCAUCCUUUCAACAGAUUUAGCAAUGUACUUUCGCAAGAAGGACAGAUUCAUCGAGUUGGUUGAAGAUGGAGAAAUUUCGUGGCAAGGAGAUGACAAGAAAGAUUUGCUGGGAGGAAUGAUGAUGACAGCUUGUGACGUGGCUGCUAUAUCAAAGCCAUGGGAAAUCCAGCACAAAAUUGCCAAGCUGGUUGCGGACGAGUUUUUCGAUCAAGGUGAUUUGGAGAAAGAACAACUCAAUACUCAACCACAGGCCAUGAUGGAUCGAGAGAAAAAAGACGAACUGCCAAAAAUGCAGUUGAGUUUUAUUGAUGUGAUAUGCACUCCGUUGUAUGGUGUGUUAUCUGAAACGUUCCCCUGGUUAAGACCACUUUUAGAUGGCGUUCAAAGAAAUCGGAGAAAUUGGCAAGAUUUGGCUGAAAAAGUGGACAUGGGACUCACUUGGAUUGAUUAUGAUGUGAUUGAAAAUCCAGUUGAAGAGUUUACAAAAGACACCGAACCAGAAGAUAUUGAUUUUGUAGUCCAGAACUUGAAUUGUUCAACAGCAGAGACAGAACAAGAGAGUGUAAAUCGAAGAAACAAGUCCAAAUGGAAACUCACUCGGCUGUUCCGAGAGAGCAGUCAGUUGCGGAAGUCUACAUCCCUCCAGUCCAAAGCAUCUUCGUCUGAAGUGUCGUCCCCCCAAAAUAGGCAAAAUGAGAUGGGUCCUGGACCUCCUACAGCCGCCCACGCCUCUACUGCCCCCAAUCUGCCCCCCGUCCUGGCCUCCACCUCCAACUAUAAAUCCGCUCAAGUGGCAGGAUCAACUAAUUCUGUCCCGACCAAUCCAUCCACCAGCAAAACCACCUUGCCAGCUAGUUCUUCGCCUCAGACAACGAUGAACAAUUCUCAAACUCCAACCAAAAAAAAUAAUUGCAUGAUCUCCUGAAUCCGUUAGAGAGAUUCUGUGCAUGUUACCCUACUCGCGACACAUAAUUCGAUAUAUGGAUGCAAAUUUAUCGACGAAUUAAAUAAAGUAUCACAUGUGCAAGUUAAUUUUGUACCUAAAACUGUCUACAAUUUACCUAAAAUAUGAAACAAUGCCACCCAAUUAGACGAUAGUAUAUAAAUUUACAUAUUGUUAUAAUAUAGUUAUGCAUGUAGCAAUUAAAAAUGAUACAAUGAAGCAUACGUGCACAUGUAUGUACGGUUUGGUCGUCUAGAAUGCAGUUAUGUACGCACUUAUUGACCUUUAAUUGCCACCCUGCUUAAUAAUUUUUGAAAAAUGUCAAAUUUUAUUACCUAAUUAUUUAUGUAACCUUAUAUAAUAUUAUAAACGUGUAUAAUGUCCUCUAUACACGUGGACGACAUUUUACUUGUAUGACAACGAUCCACACCACCUUUGGCAUUCUAUUCUUAUAAAUACAUACGCUUGCUUUGAUUUUUCGUUGAGGAUAAGUAGUGAAAUGAUUAUUUUACAAUUUUGCACUAAAUGACAAACGUUUUUGGUUAACUAUAUAAAAUACAUGACAUCCGUCGAUCGGAUCAUCACCUUUAUAGGAUUACGUGUUAUCGGUUGAAGAAUAAAUAUGCCAGCAAGACGAAAUUCAAGUGAUAUGACAUGCUGUAUAACGUAAUUUGUUACGAUAAUAUAUGUAUUGGAGAGAAUAAUGCAAAUUGAAGGGAAAACCAAUGAAAGCGGAGGAAAUACAAAUAAAACAUCAAUUAUAUAUUCUUGAAGGUUUGGUCUUUGUCCAUAAUUAAAAUGUUUAUUUAGUGUUAAAUUAUAUAAUAAAAAGAAAAAAUUAUA